AUGGCGACACUGUACUCCAGCAACCAGUUUGAGAUAAAGAAGGGCAGUUACUCAAGACCUCCACUCCUCGGGGUGGCGCAUGUCUGCACUCAUUUGAUAGGUACUACAUAGUUUGACAAGUAGGCUAGUAGUAAAAGCAGGUCAGAGCCAAGGGCAAAGCAACAAUGUUAGUAAACCGCACACUGAAAUUGGAGGCAGUGAACAACAUGUUACCACAAUACUGUGUUAGCUCGCCAAGCCAAAGCAUUCACUCGCAGAGCUAUUGCAAGUCUUCAGAUAUCAGGCAAGGACAUACUGUAUCACAUCAUUCAAGCAUGGUUCACCGAACCACCUGCAACUUCACACCCCUUGACCCCCUCUUCUUCGCAUAGAACAAUCCAAGUCACGGUACCAACCAGCGGGGAAUCGAACCUGGAUCUCCUGCGCCACAAGACCAAACCAAACACCACCAUUACAUAUAGUAGUUUAUACAAUUAAAUCGUGAAAUGAAUUAAGUGUAUGCCUAUGUAGGCCUACAUUCAACUGUUAGAAGUGUUCAGUCUGUCCAUUGGUCAGGACAAUGAAGGACUAUCUGACGAGACAGUUCACAGACUGUAGUAGUCUGGAAUAUGGUUGCAUUGCACAAUGUUCUUGUUACACUGACCUUGAUAUAUGUAAAAAGUUUAAUCCAGUGCUGUUGCGCAAUACAAUUUCCCCCAAAACAAAGUGCUCUCUGUCUGUACCAUAAAGGGAACAGGAGUACUUUUUAGAUAAUCAAUAGGCCUAUUGAUAGAAAAUCUUGACUUGAAAAAAGUAUUUGAUCCCCUGCUGAUUUUGUACGUUUGCCCAAUGACAAAGAAAUGAUCAGUCUAUAAUUUUAAUGGUAGGUUUAUUUGAACAGUGAGAGACAGAAUAACAAAAAAAAAAUCCAGAAAAACGCAUGUCAAAAAUGUUAUAUAUUGAUUUGCAUUUUGAUGAGGGAAAUAAGUAUGGCUCCCAGGUGUCUUUUAUACAGGUAACGAGCUGAGAUUAGGAGCACACUCUUAAAGGGAGUGCUCCUAAUCUCAGUUUGUUACCUGUAUAAAAGACACCUGUCCACAGAAGCAAUCAAUCAAUCAGAUUCCAAACUCUCCACCAUGGCCAAGACCAAAGAGCUCUCCAAGGAUGUCAGCGACAAGAUUGUAGACCUACACAAGGCUGGAAUGGGCUACAAGACCAUCGCCAAGCAGCUUGGUGCGAGUUGGUGCGAUUAUUCGCAAAUGGAAGAAACUGUCAAUCUCCCUCGGCCUGGGGCUCCAUGCAAGAUCUCACCUCGUGGAGUUGCAAUGAUCAUGAGAACGGUGAGGAAUCAGCCCAGAACUACACGGGAGGAUCUUGUCAAUGAUCUCAAGGCAGCUGGGACCAUAGUCACCAAGAAAACAAUUGGUAACACACUACGCCGUGAAGGACUGAAAUCCUGCAGCGACGGCAAGGUCCCCCUGCUCAAGAAAGCACAUGUACAGGCCCGUCUGAAGUUUGCCAAUGAACAUCUGAAUGAUUCAGAGGAGAACUGGGUGAAAGUGUUGUGGUCAGAUGAGACCAAAAUCGAGCUCUUUGGCAUCAACUCAACUCGCCGUGUUUGGAGGAGGAGGAAUGCUGCCUAUGACCCCAAGAACACCAUCCCCACCGUCAAACAUGGAGGUGGAAACAUUAUGCUUUGGGGGUGUUUUUCUGCUAAAGGGACAAGACAACUUCACAGAAUCAAAGGGACGAUGGACGGGGCCAUGUACCGUCAAAUCUUGGGUGAGUACCUCCUUCCCUCUGCCAGGGCAUUGAAAAUGGGUCGUGGAUGGGUAUUCCAGCAUGACAAUGACCCAAAACACACGGCCAAGGCAACAAAGGAGUGGCUCAAGAAUAAGCACAUUAAGGUCCUGGAGUGGCCUAGCCAGUCUCCAGACCUUAAUCCCAUAGAAAAUCUGUGGAGGGAGCUGAAGGUUCGAGUUGCCAAACGUCAGCCUUGAAACCUUAAUGACUUGGAGAAGAUCUGCAAAGAGGAGUGGGACAAAAUCCCUCCUGAGAUGUGUGCAAACCUGGUGGCCAACUACAAGAAACGUCUGACCUCUGUGAUUGCCAACAAGGGUUUUGCCACCAAGUUCUAAGUCAUGUUUUGCAGAGGGGUCAAAUACUUAUUUCCCUCAUUAAAAUGCAAAUCAAUUUAUAACAUUUUUUACAUGCGUUUUUCUGGAUUUUUUGUUGUUAUUCUGUCUCUCACUGUUCAAAUAAACCUACCAUUAAAAUUAUAGAUUGAUAAUUUAUUUGUCAAUGGGCAAACGUACAAAAUCAGCAGGGGAUCAAAUACUUUUUUCCCUCACUGUAUCAUAUGUUAUAGGUGUUCCCUUCAUAAACGAGUGUUGAACAUGUCACUCAGCACAACCCAAAAGAUAGGUAGGCCUAAGUAUCUAUACUGUUCAUUACAGUUGGUGAGUCCAUCAAUUAUACAGUCCAUAGAUAUUCCUCUGCACAAUAAAGACAGUACAUCAUGAUUCAGGUUCAUUCUAGGCCUAUCCGGGACACUAUAUAUUAAAAAGACAUUCAAUACCCUCCCCACUUGAAUAAAUCCUGUCUGGUAUGUGCUAGUCAUAGGGUCUGAUUCUUCAUGGUGACGGAAAGCUCUGGAAAUUGCAGCUGAAUUAUUUUAGGCAAUUUACAAUGUUGGCACCGAACGAUCUUAUUCAAUAGUAUCUGCGAGGACACUGGAGACCUGAGAGUGUUUGCUCUUGUGUCAUCACAUCGUAUUCAAAACAGAUUAUUACAGUGAAAGUCGAGAUGUAUCAGGAGUAAAUCACUAUGUCUUGUCUUGAAAAAUAAUACUCUGAUUUGUAAUUAAUAUCAAUAAUAACUCAAGUAUUUGUAUGUUGUUUAAUAAACAGUAAAUCAAAAAUAGUUACGUCAAUGAGUUAUAUGAGGUAUAAUGUGUUUACAGUCAUGAACUUUCCCUAAGAGGGUUCACUGCCACUGUCAUUGAUAUACAGUACUGUAAUCUUAUGUUUUCUUACUCUGUGAGGUUCCCUACUGUACAGUGAAGCGAGGACCCAGUCCUUUCAGUGCUUGGGAUGGAACCCUAGUAGUCCAGUGCACUCAUGGGCUUCCUCCUCCCUAUGCACAUGUAAAUCUGACCUUAUCAGCUUUCAAAGGCUUUCCAGGCCAAUGUUUGUCUUGAAAAGAUCUCUCCAAACGGCCUGAUCAGCCGCUCCAUAAUGAGAGAGAGAGAGAGAGAGAGAGAGAGAGAGAGAGAGAGAGAGAGAAACGGCUAAUUAUCCUUUUACACUUAAAGAGAGAAAUCCUUUUAGUGAGAGCAGACAGAGGAUUCCUUUGAUACCUGGGCCGGAGCAAGCCUAAAUACCAAAGCAAGGGGACGUGUGAGAUGUAACUGUACUACAGGGGGAGUCCUUCCUCCCAUUGUCAACGCUCUAACCUCUGUUCUGUUCUGGAGAGGAGCCUUCCUUUUUGCGUCGGCUCCCCAUAGAAAGCCAGGAAAGGUAAAACCCAGAUGGAUAGACUUCCUGUCUUGUCUGAGGACGGCCAAUUCAUUUCCAUUGGCAUUUGUUCCUUCUGAUAAAAAGCAAAUAACCCAGCAGAUCGGAUGACGGCGGUGGACAAGAUGCGAAUGGGAGGGUGGGACUUACAAGGGCAUUAGUCUUAGCGGCAUGAGCUUGUGAAAUCGACCAUGUCUGGUAGUGCGGAACUUCUUUUUCCAGGUGAUUUUGGGACAAACUUUACCGCAUUCUGGGGCUCAAAGUUGCCUUUCAUUCUCCAGAGACCAAUACCAGUGUUGCCAUUGUAUUCAGACUGGGGCAAUGAGUUCACAUGGCAACUGCACUCUAAUGACUAUUACUCUAUACUUAACCUAUUAUAAUAUAAUAUAAUAAUAUGCCAUUUAGCAGACGCUUUUAUCCAAAGCGACUUACAGUCAUGCGUGCAUAAAUUUUUGUGUAUGGGUGGUCCCGGGGAUCGAACCCACUACCUUGACAUUACAAGCGCCGUGCUCUACCAGCUGAGCUACAGAGGAAAUUGCUAUCUGUAUUGUGCUGGAGACGGUUUUCAUUCAUUAAAAGCUGGUUUUGUUGAAAAAGGGCCAUAACAUUUUCACACAACAUCAGACAUGCAAUUGGAUUUAUUACUAAGUUAUAAUGCUAACUGUACUUUACGAUUGUAUCUGCUGCUGAAAAUGAUAACUGUUAUUUGAUUUUGUUUCGUAUGUAAUGUAUUUUGUGUGUGACUCUCUUUAUAAUUAUGAAAAAAUAUAUGUGGCAUGUGUGAAUCAAAAGCCUGCUUAUACUAUCCUUAGGGCAGUAAGGGCCUGAGGCCUUCUCCAUAACUCUCGUGACUACAUAAGCUACCCUGAGACUACAAAGUCUGCAUUGCAAGAUGACAUCCUACUUCCACGUCCACUGCACUUAAAAGGUAGUAUAAGCUAUGUAGAGAGUUUGAAGAGGAGUAAGAUCUGCCUGUGCCAAGCUAAGCCUGUUGUUAAGUUUGAUAGAAUCUUGGUUCAGUCUAUCAAGCCCAUCUACGGAAACUAGCGCCUUAGGAUUAUGUUCGAAUGAAACAGACCCUUGUAACCUUAUUUCACCAACUUUUUGGACCAAAAUCAGACAGUUUAUCCUGACCUUCCCCUAGUCCGGGUUUGCGUUACUUGUUUAAUUGGUUUAACAUUUCAGUCCAGGAUCCUUAUUUGGGACCAGGGAAUUCCUCCUACCGAGAUGCUGCCGGCCACUAACCUAAAGUGCAGGAAAGUACACACGUUUCUCAGAAGAAGUAGUGUAGUGUAAUCCUGGCCAGGUAGUCUGGUCUGGACAAGAGGCUGUUCAAAGCUUCCCAUCAUCAGGGUUACGUCCUAAAUGGCACCCUAUUCCUUAUUUAGUGCACUACUUUAUUGGCUCUGGUCAAAAGUAGUGCACUAAAUAGGGAAUAGAGUGCUAUUUGGGAUGCAGUUCUAACAAUCAUUCCACUAUGACUUCGCUACUUGGCACAGGUUCCCAACACCCCCUCAGACAGCCACUGUAGCGUAGAGGCUGAACUUUAAAGGGACUGUAGCGCAGCGUCUCCUUCAGAUUAAAGAACACACACAGAAAAGAGAGGGGAAUAUGAAGUUAGAAAUACCCCAUGUAACAAAAGGUUUCUGUGAUAUUUAGGUGUGCCUUUUGGGGGAAUGAGAGAUUCCUUUGAGAGAAAGUAUGUAGUUAGGAGACAUAUGAAUCCUUACAUUAAGUCACACAAUGAAAUCCAAUAGGUAUGACACCGUUUUUUCUUCUUUCACAGGUUGUCCACAGUAAGCAGGCCACUCCUCCUUCCAUCCCCAAUGGGCUUUGGGAAAGGUAUAAAGGCACCACCACCACCUUCUGCGUCAGGACCAGUGGAAGUGUAAUACUGACACCUUUACGGUACAAUUCAGGAUCCAGACUCUAUCCUCAAGGCAUGUUGACCAGGUAAGUCUAUUAUCAGUAUUAUGACCAUGUUUGAGGGUUAUUAAGCGUAUUUGAUUAUUUUUUUAACGCGUUGUACUUCUUUUUGAUGCCACUAAACCUUUAUAAUGAUUUUAAAAUUAAAAAAAAAAAUGUUUUAAGGUCCCAGGGUUUUUCAAUAGAAAGUGGAUUGAAAAUGCAACAUUAAGAUGAUUAAAUGCCACAUUAAGAUGAUACAUUGAUUAAAGAAACAGGUCUGCUCUCAGGUCAAUGGGAAAAGGUUGUGGACAAUUUCAGAAGUCCUUCGGGUGGAACUUCAACUGAAAUAUUCCUAAAACAGCCAGCUGACUAGAAGGAUUUGGAGUCUGAUUGGAAAUUGGAAUUCAGAAUAACAGAUGAUCUUGAAAUAACAGAGACAGGCAUGCAGUAUCAAAGUGACAGUCUAAAACAGAGAAGGUGGCUGUGUCAAGGCCAGUGCUCUGCACUUAACCCUCAUUUGCUCCAGGGGCGACGUACCACUAUAGCUGGCCCUGUAAAUCAACACAUUUCACUGCACCAUUCGGGUGUAUGUAACAAUAAAAAAACAUUUAAAUUACUAUCUAGUCUGCAAUUAGCAGAGCACAUUGGUUUUAAAUUCCUCUUUUGAAUUUCUGUUUCCAGGAAUUUUCUCAUCCUCUGCUCUCUGGCAGCUGUGCUAGUACAAGCUGACCUCGAUACUAAUAGCAGUAAGUGUUGGCACUAUGACUGAAUACAGAAACACAGCUGCUGAAUCAAACAGUAUGUACAGUAACAUUAGCAGAAAGUAGUUAUUAACUUUUAUUAAUUAGCAAUUUACAGUAUCUUAUGUGUGUCUCUGUGUGAUACUUUCAGAUCAUGCUGCCCAAGCCAUGUUCACAGGUAAUCACAGAAGUCUGAGAGACGUUCUGCUUUUGCUGAACUCCUAUGUUGACCUUCAUGCAACUUUAAAAUCAUUCCAUUAAUAGCCCAUAUAAAGAAAGAGCCAUUGCUAUCUGAUUCUGAACCAGCCUUUUCUCACAAACAGAUAAGGACUCAACCUCGGACGAAGCACCAACUGGUGAGAGCAGCAUCACCUCAUUGGCUGAAUCUUUACAACCAAUGCUCAAUAAGCCUAUAGUUUUACCUAUAAUCUGUGGUCCUAUACACCCAUUCAUAAUGGUAAUCUCUGCUUCUUCCACAGAGAGCAUGAAUGCCAUCUCCUCGGACCAGCCUAAUAGUGAGCACGGUAGGGAGGGGAGGGGUGUGUUGUCCUACCUAUGGGAGAGGGGAAGCUCCAGGCAUGGUUCUGACCAUGGAAGGGAGUGUGCAAGUACACACUUCGGGAAGAGAGUGGAUGAUUGGGAUGCAGCCUAUCAUCCUCACUAAAUAUGGGUGGGUCUUGUAGUCUUGACUAGCCCAGGUCAGAUGGUUGUUUGUCGGCUGAGUCACAGACCCCACCCCUUGUGACACGAGACUGGGCAUACUUGCUUGUAAACCCAGGAAGGUUGAGAUUGGUCAAAUAAAUCAAUUUUCUCAAGAGAGCGGAAGUACAAUAGUGGUGUAACUAUGUCGACUUGUGUGUCAGGCAUAAACAGGUAAACCAUGCCUUCUGAAAGUUACGUUUUUCUUUAUUUGUUGUUGUUAAAAUUAGCUGAAAUAACAUGUUUUAUCUACAAAAAUCUAUGCCAAAGACAUGAUGGUUAAAUGACUAGUUCUACAACAUGCUGCCUGUCACCUUUGUGAUAGCCUGCUCUUGGGAUAAAGUGAGGUUUUGUUCUGUGCAUGGAUGUUGUGGAGUGUUCCUGAGAAGAACAGAGAGAUAUCACUGCCUCUCAGUGUAGAUCACAGGCACAAAUAUUUUUUUAAACUGGAAGUGACCCAUGGGAAGGGCUAUACAGACCGACUAGCCAAAAUCAAAAACUGAUUCUUAACCCUAACCAACCCCUUAACCCUGUCCCUAACCCUAACCUUAACCAAUUCGGAAAUUACAUGUCGGUUUGUAUGUCAGGAAAGUCUGUCUAGCCCUUUCAGUGACUCAGAACCAACCAAAGCAGAGGAGAAAUACUGGAACCUUUAGUCUUACACCGCCAUCUAGUGGUAAUUCUUGUAUCCUGCAACAUUUCCUCAGUAUAGUGAAGCUUGCUGGCAGACAGUAACAUUUGUUACAUAAAUGUUGAAGCAAAGCAAUAUAGUUAUACUGUUUUUUGAUUAUGCAAUUUUUUUGCAAUUUCUUUAUAGAUAAGCCACAGUAUUACAAUGGAGGGACUGCUGGUAAGGGCUUUUAAUUAUCUGGUGUAGUAUAAUUGCAGAUUAGCAAAUACCACAACAUUAAACACAAUGAAAUGUGAUGUCUUUGAAAUGAACAAAACAUUAGACCGAAAACGUAUGCCUUGCUCUGUAACAUGUCAACAUGUCUCAUCUUAGAUGUAAGCAGCACAAGUGUGGAGGUUGGACAAGAUGGUGAGUUUACGUCAUUCUGUAUUCACAAUAAAACUACUGAAUGAAUACUGGUAAACAAAAAUUAUCAAUGAAGGAAUAAACCUAAUUGUGUGGAUAUCUAAAGUAUCUGUUUAUAAUUUGUUUCCCAACAGCUUCUAAACCUAACGGGGUGACUGGACCUGGUAGGUGUCCCUUUGUUAUGUGAAGGAAUAUAACCCGUAUAUCGGAUCCAUUUAGUCACAAAUGUAUGGCUAUGAGAAAAUAAUAAUAAUAUGAAUGUGUUUCAAUUCCUUCAUGUGAUUGCUUCUUUUUCCAAUAGGUGGCGCAGCAAACAGUGUUGAGGACCGGGAUGGUAAAAUAAUAUAAUCAAACACAAACACACACGCACACACCUUGUCAACACAAAGCACAAAUAUCUCAGUCGUAACAUUCUAGAUAUUAAAAGUGGAUUUUAAAAAAAUGCAUGACAAAACCAGUCAAAUGUGUGUAAAGUUCCACAAUUAAGUUUCACAUUGCCUAAUUUUCAGAGGAUGAGAGCUCAGAUGAAGGUGUGAAAAAAAGAAUUCCUCCUCCUCCUCCUCCUCCUCCUCCUGCUCCACAGCAAAAGUCACGAAAGUUAGUUGGGCCAGCAGGUGGGAACAGGAGAAAGGCAGCACCACCAAAGCAGAAGAGGAGAUCACCGCCCUCUCGCCGUCAACCCUGA